GUUUGAAAAACAAAACAAAAACAUAACCUAUUUUAAGUUUUUUGUACUCACUGCACCUUGGAAUGAAAAAUAAAUAAAAAUAUGUAAGCUGAAAACUGGUAGCUAAAAAUAUCUUUUAUAGUUUUUUCUUGCAUUUCUGAAAUGAUCAACUAUGCCAGGAAAAUAUCAAAAAUACAACAAAGUUCUGUUAACGAGACGUAGAAAAAACUUAUGUUUGGCUAGUACUCUACUUAUGUCCCUGCUUUUUGUUUCUUAUCAAUUCUUUAAUUAUUAUGUGCUCUCCAAUGAGAGUGUCUCCAUUGUAAACUCUAUUGAUGAACCAAACACUGAAAACAAACUUACCCUUAUCAGGGGAACACACUUUAAUGAAAAAAAGUUCUACACUUCUAACAAUGGGAAAUUUACUUGCAUCAAAAGUGGAGAAUUGAUAGAUUUUAGUAAGAUUAACGACGAUUAUUGUGAUUGUGAAGACAGUUCUGAUGAGCCGGGCACAAAUGCUUGUCCAGAUGCCUUAUUUUAUUGUUCACAAGUUGUCAGGGGAAAAACUUAUAAAAUUCCAUCCACCAAGGUAAAUGAUGGAAUUUGCGAUUGCUGUGAUGGCUCCGAUGAAUAUAUUAGCAAUAAUGUUAUUGCCAGUUUCAACAGAGACCUGCAGGAGAAAACAAAACAUUUUUUAGUUCCAUGUCCCAAUGUUUGUUAGUGGAUAAAGAUGAUAUAUAAGGUUUAAUAAUGUUAAAAUUCAAAAAGCAUAAAUGGUUUAAUUUCCCUACAAAUAUAAAUUUUAAAAUACAUUAUAUUUUUAAA